AUGUCUAAACUUGAUACUUAUCACAUCAUGGUUGUCUCGAAAUAUUUUGAGACGAUUGGAGAUUUUAUAAAACUGGAAACUGUGUGCAAGAAGUACAAAAACACUAUGAAAAAGUUUCAUUACAAUCCAGUUCCAGUCACAGACAAAACGAUCAAUUAUUUUUCAAAAAUUGAAACACUUUAUUUGUAUCACAAAGAAGAUGAAAUUCUUAAAAAUUUAUUUUUAAUCAACACGCCGAAUAGUGAUUAUUGUGAAAAGACACACAAACCAAAAAAUAAAGGUGCAAUAAAAAAGUAUUAUAGAAUUAUAGUUUGGUUUAAUGUAGAUUUUACAAUUGUCGACAAAAACAAAAAAUAUAAAAAUGUUAUAUUUAAGAAUGUGACAUACACAAAACACGACAGAGAAACGUUUGGUGAUACUAUUCCAUUAAUAGUCAAAUCAAUUGGCGAAAAAUGUUUUUAUUUUAAUACUACUUUGAUUAAUCUUACUGUUCCUUCAAAUGUAACUUUAUUUGGCGAUUAUUGUUUUUGUCAUUGCAAGAAUCUGGUGGGUGUGAUAUUACAACCGACAGUUACAAAAUUGAGUUAUGGAUGUUUUGCUAUGUGUGAAGAACUAAAAAGUAUAGAAAUACCAUUAAGUGUUGUGUCUAUUGGUGAUUAUUGUUUUUUCGAGUGUUACAGUCUUAUAAAUAUUACAAUAACAUCAAACGUUAAAUCAAUUGGGUUUGGUUGUUUUGGUGAGUGUUACGCUCUGACAACUGUGAAUAUAUUUUCACUUGAUGUGUCAAUUGAUAGUGAGUCUUUUCCUAUAAACACAGAAGUGCAUUACAUAUAUUGA